ACUCCUAUCAUUGUCACGAAGAAUAUAAAGACUGUAUCUAGGUGAGGUUUUCAAUUUCACAUUAUAUAAGAAAUUAUUACUAUACUCUAUUGCUAUCCACAAUCUCACAAUUUACUCUCAUUCCUCAUCGGACUCUCUUUACUCAGGUUUUCUCUAAAUUUAAAAGAUAGAAACAAUGUCGGAAAAGGUGGGAGCGAUGGGUGGUAACAAGGGAGGAGCAUUCGAUGAUGGUGUUUUUGAUGGUGUGAAGAAAGUAAUAGUUGGAAAAGACUUCAGCAAGGUAACUUAUAUCAAGAUCGAAUAUGAAAAGGACGGAAAAUUCGAAAUUCGUGAACACGGGACUAAUCGCGGAGAACUAAAAGAGUUUUCAGUGGAUUAUCCGAAUGAAUAUAUCACAGCCGUUGGUGGAAGCUACGAUACUGUUUUCGGUUAUGGAUCAGAAUUGAUCAAAUCAUUACUCUUCAAAACCUCUUAUGGAAGAACCUCUCCGAUACUUGGUCAUACGACAUUACUAGGGAAUCCAGCUGGGAAAGAAUUCAUGCUCGAGAGCAAAAAUGGAGGAAAGCUUCUUGGUUUCCAUGGACGUUCUGGUGAAGCUCUUGAUGCUAUUGGACCUCACUUCUUCGCUGUGAACUCUUCUCUUAAGCACUUUAAACUGCAAGGUGGGAAUGGAGGGAGUGCUUGGGACGAUGGCGCUUUCGAUGGUGUUAGAAAAGUGGUCGUUGGACGAAAUGGUAAGUUUGUGAGUUAUGUCCGGUUUGAGUAUGCGAAAGGCGAAAGAAUGGUACCACAUGCUCAUGGGAAGAGACAAGAAGCUCCACAAGAGUUUGUGGUGGAUUAUCCUAAUGAACAUAUUACAUCGGUCGAGGGAACAAUCGAUGGUUACCUUUCGUCUCUGAAGUUUAAGACAUCAAAAGGAAGAGUCUCCCCUGCUUUUGGGAAUGUGGUUGGUAAUAAAUUUGUGUUCGAAGAAACAGGUUUUAAACUUGUUGGGUUUUGUGGUCGGUCUGGUGAUGCUAUUGAUGCUCUUGGUGCACAUUUUGCCCCUCUUCCCGUUCCCGCUCCAGCUCCUGCUCCAGCUCCCGCUCCAGCUCCAGCUCCAGCUCCAGCUCCCGCUCCAGCUCCAGCUCCAGCUCCAGCUCCUCCCAACAAAGUGGAAGCUCAAGGAGGAAAUGGUGGGGAUACAUUCGACGAUGGUGCUUUCAAUCAUGUAAGAAAGGUUUAUGUUGGUCAAGGUGAUUCUGGUGUAGCUUAUGUCAAAUUCGAAUACGAAAAAGAUGGGAAAAGUGAGACACGAGAGCAUGGAAAAAUGACAGUGUUAGGAACAGAGGAGUUUGAAGUUGAUCCUGAUGAUUACAUCACAUCAGUUCAAGUUUCUGUCGACAAUGUCUUUGGUUUUAAGAGUGAAAUCGUCACUUCUCUUGUCUUCAAGACCUUUAAGGGUAAAACCUCACAGCCUUUUGGAAUGGUGACUGAGAAGAAAUUUGAACUUAACGAUAAGGGAGGAAAACUUGUUGGUUUCCAUGGGAAAGCUAGUGAUGUUCUUUAUGCUCUUGGCGCUUAUUUCGCUCCAUCGACAACUUCAACUACUCCAUCGGUGCCAACUUCGACUACUCCAUCUACUCCUUCUACUGCUAAGAAGCUACAAGCAAUAGGUGGUAAUGGAGGAGCUUCUUGGGAUGAUGGUGUUUUUGAUGGUGUUAGAAAGAUACUUGUAGGUCAAGGAAACGAUGGAGUAGCUUUUGUCACGUUUGAGUACAACAAAGGCUCUCAAGCUAUCAUCGGUGAUGGGCAUGGGAAACAAACAGCACUUGGAACUGAAACGUUUGAGCUUGAUUAUCCAAGUGAAUACAUCACUUCGGUGGAAGGUUACUAUGAUAAAAUCUUUGGAGUUGAAGCUGAAGUGGUGACGAGUCUAACGUUCAAGACUAACAAGAGAACGUCUCAGCCGUUUGGUUUGACUGCUGGUGAACAUUUCGAGCUGAAGGAGGAUGGUUACAAGAUCGUUGGGUUCCAUGGAAAAGCUGGUAAUGUGGUUCAUCAGAUCGGAGUCCAUGUCGUGCCCAUUUUCACCAAUUACAGAGUUACUAUUUAGGUUAUUUUCUCUGAUGAUACCGUAAAUAAGGUCCAUGGACCAUUCAUGCUUAUGGAUUUGGUGUGUGUGUGUGUUUCUUGGGCUUCUUAUCUUCUUCCCUGUUUUAGUGUCAAUACUUUAUGCGAUCAUGUGAUGAUGUUCUGCCUCCAUGGUAUUGGUACCCAGUCACUUGUCGAUUUUAAUAAAGGAUGUUUCUUUUCAAUC